CGUCAAAUGUCAUAAAUAACGAGACGCCAAACGAAUGCGAAAUCAAUCAUAAACGCCGGAUAUUUAGUGGAAAAUUGUUUAUUUAGGUUGGAAAAAAGUUAAUAAAUAAGCUAGCAUAUCGCAAAAUGAGUGCUGGAAAUAUGUUAUAUGGUGGUGAUGAGAUCGGAGCACUUGUAUUUGAUCCGGGCCAUCAUUCUUUGCGCGUGGGCUAUGCACAAGAGGAUACACCAAAAGCAGAGAUUCCGUCUGUGGUAGGGGUAGGACCUUCUGCACCGGACACAAAUAUGGACAUAGAAACUAAAACUGACAACAACAUAACACAAAAUAAUGCAGACACACGCAAAUACUAUGUUGAUACCACAUAUGUAAAUGUACCGCGUACUCAAAUGGAGAUACAAACUUAUAUGAAAGAUGGCAUGAUCGAUAAUUGGGACUUAUUUGAAAAAGUUAUUGACUACACAUAUGCAAAGGUCAUACAAUCGGAUCCCGAAUACCAUCCCGUGUUAUUUUCGGAAGCCUCAUGGAAUGUGCGCAAUAAUCGUGAAAAACUGACAGAGCUCAUGUUCGAAAAGUAUAAUGUGCCCGCUUUUUAUUUGGUUAAAAACGCAGUGUUGGCGGCAUUUUCGAGUGGUCGAGCAACCGCAUUGGUUGUAGAUAGUGGUGCAACACACACCUCAGCGGUUCCUGUGCAUGAAGGAUACGUACUUUCACAGGCGGUUGUGAAAUCUCCGCUGGGCGGUGAUUACCUCUCAAUGCAAUGUCGCCAACAUCUCGAAAAACAGGGUAUAGAUUUAUCGCCAGCAUAUAAAAUUGCAUCGAAAGAUGUGGUUAAAGAACGAGAUAAUGCGCGAUUCACGCUACGUAAAUUACCCGAAAACUUGACACAGUCUUGGCAAAAUUAUAUGCUCAAAUCAUUAUUGCAAGAUUUUCAAAUGAAUAUCUUACAAGUAUUAGAAAAUCCUUACGAUGAAAGAGUGGCUGCACAAAUACCCAGUGUUCAUUACGAAUUUCCCAAUGGCUAUCAUCAGGAGUUUGGCUCAGAACGUUUCAAAUUGGCGGAAAGUUUAUUUGACCAUGCUAUGCUCGGUGCAGGCCAAUUGGCAUCUACGAGUGUUGGUAUGUGUGACGCAGAUGUGCGUUUAUCGCUUUUCGGCUCUGUUGUAGUGACUGGCGGCAACACACUCUUACAAGGAUUUCCUGAGCGUCUAAAUCGCGACUUGCAGCUACGUGCGCCUUCCAACACACGUUUGAAGAUGAUUUCCGCAAAUGGUAGUGUGGAACGACGUUUUGGUGCUUGGAUCGGUGGUUCGAUUUUGGCCAGCAUUGGCACAUUCCAGCAAAUGUGGAUAUCAUCGCAAGAGUACGAAGAAUCUGGUAAAGGUCAGGUGGAGCGGAAAUGUCCUUAAACAUAUUGUGUGUGUAUGAAUUAGAUAUUGACUCAACUAUGUACUAAUUUAAAUUCGAAGAUUAAUAAUAAUUAUGAUAUAAACUUAAUAUGGAUACUUACAA